GUGUUAUAAUCUACAGAUUGUUUUGGAUCAUUGCGCUAGCAAUCAGCGAGUUCUUCCAUUACCGGUAUAUGGUGACGCAUUUGAACCUCGACAAUCUCUUCGGCUUGAUGGACUGCUUGAGUAGUUUCUUGGCGCACGUGAAACUGACCGCCAAACUCAUCAUUUUUUCGUGGAAACAACGACAAUUUAUCGAAAUCUUGACGACGAUGUCGGAAGACUGGAGCGAUUGCUCGAGCAAUAACAUCGCGUUGCACGAAACGGCGCGCAAAACGAAAAUCUCGAGUCGUAUUUGCAACGGGCUAAUUAUCCUCCACACAAUCGGCGCGUUUACAUACGUCAUUGGCAUCCUCCUGGCCGACGCUGACGUAACCGAUCGAACGGCCGAACUGCCCCUCAUGAUGAAAAUGGAAUAUCCCUUCGUCAUAGACACGCGAAACACAUACAGGCUCGUGUUAGUUACGCAGUUCGUGUUCGUGAUGGUGUGCAGCUGGGGAGCUGGUUUAUUCAACGCUCUGCUUCUAACUCUGACUUUACAUAUAGGUGGUCAAAUGAAUAUUUUGCUUCGUUGGCUAGUGGGAACUAUACAGCCCGAAGAAAUUAGAAAGAACGGCGAGUCAUUCAUUACAAUGACGAAAAUAAUCCGGAAGCAUCAGAAAAUUAUCCACCUUUCGGAGAACGUUGACGAUCUCUAUUCGUACAUCACUUUACUGCAAUUUGCGUCGAACACGGUAAUGAUUUGUUCAUUGGGAUUUCUCAUAGUGACCGCGCUCGGUAAUCCCGAUGCCACGGAACAAAUAAUGAGAUCUCUCUUAUUUUACGCCGUAACGAAUCUCGAAGCGUUUAUAUUUUGCUUCGCUGGUGAAUAUCUGACGAACAAGAGCAAAUCAGUUGGAAACGCAGCGUACAAUUCCGAAUGGUACGAUAUGAAAGUUAAAGAUUGUCGUGUUUUGUUAUUUGUGAUUUUAAGAUCGCAAAAGCAACUAAAGCUUACAGCCGGCAAUAUGAUGGAUCUUUCUUUGGAAUCUUUCACGAGAAUUAUGAAGGCUUCGGGAUCAUAUCUGUCAGUGCUAUUGGCAAUGAGGUAAACAUCGAGAGUUUCUAUUUUGCCAUUUUCUAGUCGAUAACAAUCGCAUGAAAUGACAUAAACAGAGAAUGGCAAGUAGAUCUCUUCACUGAAUUGUUUUCACCGAUGGUAACAUAUUGCGAAGGAAGUAUAUAUCCAAAAGUCGCAGGUGUUAAUUGUUUUAACAGUAACGCGAUAACACUUCAUUAAUAAUUUCGGUAACAAAUGCAAAUUAACGGCAACUUCCUUUUGAAAGUUGCAACAUUAUACAUGUGAAAGAUACUAGUCGUCGCGAUUUUUAUGCACAUAGAAGGGGGAUGGAGAUGGCAAUUUUCACAAUAAAAAUGAGGCAAUGAUUCGUGAGAAAAGAUAAAAAUAAAAAUAUCUCCGAGACGAUAAUAGAAAUAAUGGAAAGUAUA